CUAUAGGCCUAUCUAAGACAGACAGGCACGCGUCGAUAACUACGCGGCAGUACUACCAGGCCUAAUCUUUAAGUGACAUUUAGUAAUAUAAAUUAAUAACGAUACGAGGAUACUUGUCGAAACGUUGUGCUUAUAUAAUAAAACCAGCGAUUGUUUCUCACAAAAAUUUGUGUUCUAUUUUUACCAGACCUGCGACGUUAUUACAUUCUCUCAACAUAUUUAAAAGAUAAACAUUUAUAUUAGAAAUGUCAUCUUUACGAAUGAUUCAAGGUGUUUAGUUCAUGUGGUUUGUAAAAUAAGAAGUUAACUUGGUUUACAUGACACUGGAGUACAACAAACUGUUGCCAGAGAAACAUUUAAAAUGUUUGUCUUUAAAAUUAUUGUGUUUCUUUCACUGAUUGUUCCAGGUUUUUUGAAGGAAGUGUCGUUUUGUUACGGUCCGGCAACCCUACUCUGUACGACAAACACGUUAACAUGUCCGGACGGUGAGGUAUUAUCUGUACGAAUUGCCGAGUUUGGUACUGACGAUCCGUCAGAAAAUUGUCAGAGUGGUGCUAACGUUUGUAAUGGUGGAUCAAAAUGCUGUAAAUUUUCUCUAGGUGGAGAAAAAAAAUACCCAUUUCCAUCAGCACUAUUUGAUAAAGUUCAACAUACCUGUAUUCACAAGCCAUUUUGUAAUGUUAAUAUAACAUACGACAGCUCAAACAAUUACACAUUUACACGUUAUAUCUUCGACUGCAUUAGAGAGUCAAAUAUAUUGAGCAUGGUGUGUAAGGAUGACGUCACUACGAACUUGCAUGCCUAUAUGUUUUACUUUGGUGAUCUGAGGAGAGAUUCUCUGGGUAUCAAUUGUUCUUGUACGAUUAGUUCGGACGCCCAAACACUCACCCUCUAUACACAAUAUAUACAACUAGAUGCCGCUACUUGUCCCAGUUUCUCAACCAUGCUUUCUGACCUACAAUUACCACCUUGUACCAGUAGUGGAUUGCAAGAGACGUAUCGUUAUGUUACUCAUAUACAAACUCCUGUGACUUUAAAGGUAGAGAAUCUACUGGCUAGAACAGAUGACAUCUUUUGGCUACAGUUUACAAACAAUGGCCAAGCACCAAUAACAGUAUCGUGUACUGGUUGUGGAAUUGACGUAGAAGGUGCUUGUGGAAGAACAGAACAUAUCGCAGAAUAUUGUUAUGGCGCUGAAGAAUGUUCACAGCAUCGUCUCGAGUGCAAGGAUAAUCAGAAAAUAGCUCUGACGUCAUCUACUUAUUUUGGUCAUAUACCUUUCGUAAAUCCGAACUGUGAAAGGGGUAGUUGUAAUAGAAACAACGAAAGCACUUGCUGUAGAUAUAAAGCUCGGGAUGUUUUGGAGACGUUUGAAGAUAAAGAAUUAGAAGAUUUGUAUAAUGAGUGUGCUUUGAAGCAGUCGUGUGUAGCUACUCCCCAGUAUAGUAAACCGGGCAGUAAUAACUAUGCCUAUUAUAGGUAUGAGUGCAUACCAGAAUCCAGUAUCCUGAACGUCAUGGAAUUGGGAUAA